UAUCCCAGAUGAAAAGAGAAAAACGUGACAUUUCAAAAAACAAAACAAUCAUUAAUUACAUUGCGCUCCAUAAGAACGAAAAAGAAAUCAUUUAUAAAAAUCCCAAAUGUCCAAGAAUGGCACCGGCAAAAGGAAGCUUUCAAAGCUUGAAAAUACACGAAAAACGUUCAAAAUAUUUGCUCUAAGCUUUCAUGGAACUAAUUUGGAAGUCAUAGGGAAGGAGCUAGUGAGACAAAUGGAAGUUCGUUCAAGUAAAAAAAUCUAUCCUGUCAUGGUAAACGGUACAAAAAAGAAUACGGAUGAAGACCAAACAAUUUCAGAAGCCACAGCCACAGAGUUCGAGGUGGAACAGCAACAAACUUAUCAGAUUGAAGAAGGUAUAGAAAGAUGUAAAAAAGAUUUCGAGUUGGUGUGGGUAAGUCUUACAAGUACACUUAGUGAGGAUUUGAGAAGAUAUUGGAGUGAGGAUAAGGAUGAAAAUAUUGAAGAAUCUGUAAAGACAGACGACGACGGUGACAAGUCUGAGGAAAUUUUACCCAAGAAAAUCAAAAUAUCUGAUUUGCAAAUAUUGAAUUCAGAGAUAAAAGAUUUUCAAACAUGUGAUUACUUCAUUGUGCUAAUUGGUAAAUUUUCAACUGAAGUAUUAAUUAAGCUUCUACUAAGCCACCAACCCUUGCAAGCAAUAAUUCACUUCAUACCAUGUCCAGAAUCUGACUUAGAGGUAAACUUUCCCAAAUUGCAUGAGGAUAUCGAUUUCUUAAGAAAAUCUCCGGAUACCAUGAAUGUUGGUAUUUUCAUUGAAAACUUAAAUCAGCUUCCCAUUCCCAAGAAUGCUACGAGUACCACAUCUGAAUAUAUUCAAGACUCUGAACAAGAAGUACAAAAAUACUCCCAGCAAAUUUACGAUCAAUUUACAUGGUAUUUGUAUGACAUUGAGAUGUUAAAGCAACAAUUUAUCGUUUACCAAACUGACUUUGUCGAAAUUAAUGAUACCGAAUUGCCAAGUCAGGAAGAACUAUUAUGGUCUAAGUUUGUUCAAGUAAAAUUCCACUCGAACAAGGAUACCAAUGAUGCUGCUGCUACUGAUGAUGAUGAUGCCGAUGAUGGUACUGGUUCACCAGCUGCUGCAGUGGGUGUGUUUUUGGAUAAUUUAUUUACGGCAAUUGAAAACCACGCCAAUUUGGAACGAAAAAAAAAUUCAUCCUCUUUUUGUUGCUAUCUUAGCCCGUUUUUGGAGAAUGAUUACAGCAAAAUUAUCGUUGAGGAAGCUAAUGAAUUACUUCAUUCAGCUGUGGAUAAUCAAUUAAAUUUGGUGACUUAUUGGAAGCUGGUUAAUAUGGUAACUAGAAGUGGUUCUAAUUCGGACUGUGAAAAAUGCAAUACUGAAUAUGGAAUUGACUUGCCCAAAUUCUACGAACUCAUGUCAUGGGAAUCUUUCGUUCAAAGAUUGGAAGCAAGAAAAAUUGUGUAUGAUGAAUGUUGUCAAAUUGAUGUGUCAAUAGAGUGUAAGCUUUUUGUUUUACGAAGAUUUUUCGACAGAGUUGUCAAAGUCACAGAAAAAUUCCAUCUUCCUACAAGAUUGUGCUUCCGAGACUUUUGUAGCCACAUAGCUCCCAAUUUAGCAGAUUUUCUAAGAAGCUUCGAGAGUGGCGCUACAACUUCCGUCCAUCCAAAGUUUUCUGGCUUAAUUUUUAACGAGUGUUUACAAGAAUUGAUUGUUUCUAAAAACAUAUUUCGAUUUAAAGAUGGAUUUAUAUCUUGCGUAAUGGAAAAUUGGUCAAAUGAGGAACAGAAGAUCUCAAUUAAUAUGUUUUUAUUCGCCAAUUCAGUCUAUUUUUAUCCCCAGAAAAAUGGUGCUACUUCAAAAUUAAGGUUCGUAGCAAAGAACAAUUUAAGUUGCGACAUUGAGUUAUACCAACAAGACCAGCUUUAUCCAAACAUAUUCAUUCAGUGGCCUAAUGGUUGUCAAGUCAGGUACAUAAAUGUCGACAACUUAGCAGCUGUCGAGCAAUGUUAUCAUUCGAAAAGCCAACACUCAGAAUUAAAACGUCUUUAUACAAUGGAAGGAUUUGUUAUAUGUUAUCUAAGAAAUGAAACAAUAAAAGUUCUUACACCAAAUGGAAUUAUUUACAAUCUUUAUAUAAUCGAAACUAUUUCCUAUGCAGAUCUGUAUUUUGAAAAUUCUAGUCAACACGAAAUUCCCAACGAAAUAUCAGAUCACAUUGAUUUUGUUCGAAAUUUAGAAAAGUAUGGAAUAUAUUGUUCAAAUUGUGAUGUUACUUUAGCUGAUGGAAGAAAACUUAGAUUUAGUUUGAAUGGAACUUUUCAAAACGAAGUUGAUCAAUUUAUGAUUUAUGAAUGGACGGAUUAUUUUGAGAACAAGAAAUUCCUAGACCGUGAUGAUGGUGUUAAAAUGAUAUGGACAAGUGAUUGUUUAAAAUGUUACUAUCCUUGUGGAACUUCAAUAACAACAAAGGUUAUUGAAGAUUGUAUAAGAACUAAUUUUGAAUGUGAAACUAAUUUAAUGGAAAACAUUUUUAAAAACCCCAAUCCAACCUUCGUUGCAAAGGGUGCAAACAAAGCCAAAAUGCAGGAUUCCUAUGUCACAUAUAAUCUCAACUAUUUAAUGCAACAUAAAAACUACGCGACUGUUGAAGUCUGUGGCAAAGAUAAAGUGGAAAUACAUUCCCCGAACGGAUUUAAGCUCAUUCUUAAGGAAGAUCGUAUCCAAUCUGAUGAUUUAGACACCACUGCUUCCACCGAUGACGACGCCACCGACGUCACCCAGAGUACCGUCGUCGUCCUCGUCAUUGACAUUGGAGAAGAACUUUCCUUUCGUAUUGCUUCAGGCGUAUGCAUCAUUCAUUCAGGCGUCUCCGUUCCAGAAAAGAAAAAAAUUGAUUUGAAGCUUAACUUGUUUCCCGAUGUGACAGAUAAUUUCCUUACAUUCCAAAAUAAAAACGCUUCAAUAAAUCUUAAUGCAAAAGGAGAAAUGAUUCUAAGUGGAAUUGAUGCUGAACCAUCACCCUAUGAAGAAACUUCAUAUCUCUUAAGCAAAGACAAUUCUUUCGGCAUCGAAUUUAUAUCAAAAAGAAAUUAUGACGCUUUGAUUUCAAAAUACAAAAGCCACAAAUAUAUCUACAAUAAUCGAACUCAAUUUGUUUUAUUGAAAACAAUUUUACCAAUUGAUGAGACAUUUUUAAUGUUGAAUGCCUCAGAAACGAGCACCAAAGAUCUAAAACAUUUUCAACCAGUAGUGUGUCACCAGCAUAAAUGUCAUCAAACUCAAGAUCGUGUAUUUACAGCAAGAGUUAUUAAUAAACUCAAUCAUUCAUUGAAACCUUUGGCUUUAAUUAAAAAAAUUGAUUUUAAUGAAACAACACUGGAAAAUCAACUAAAUGCAGCCCUACACAACUUUUUCGGUGAGAAACCUAAGGCUGAAAACCCCCUUUGGAAAAUCAAAAUUAUGAAAUUAAAAGAAGAUUUAGUUUAUCGAAAACAACGAACGAGAUUUUACAAUACACUGUUGAAAUAUAAGAUUUUUCCAAAGUAUUACGAAUUUGAAUCGUUGAAUAACGAUGUUAAAUUGUUGGAAAACAACAUUUUGGAAAACCUGGAACAAUAAAAUAUAUUCAAAUAAAUAACAAAUAGUCUAUUACUGCCAUCUAACAAUUCAUGGUAGUUACAAAAUUUGUUUCGAAAUAAUCUACACAUCAAUACUAGUUCGA